UAACUCAUUACACUCCAAAAAAAAUGGCCAAGAAUGGCAAAUUGGGGCUUUUUUGCGGAGCAGUCCGCCCCGGGAAAAUCGGGUCUCUAAUCGGGUGUUCUCCCUCGUCUCCUUCCUCAAACGAGAUUUCUUCUCCUGUUUCGUCUUCUCCGGUGAGAAUAGAGAAGCAUCUUCAAUGGUUCUCCCUGUAGGCCACCUAUUUCUUCACUUGGGCAAAUUGGGACCCUUGUCAGCAGCUGCUGGGACUGGGAGAUUACAUAAGAGAAGAUUUUUCCAGUCUUUGCAUAUUUAUCACAUUUUUGUCAAGUACGUGUACAAUCGAAAGUUUCAGCAUAGUGCCAACUUCCAAAAUUUAUGUCUUUGCAGCAUUUCCAAGCUAUAUGACCAAACCAACAGAAAGUUUGUACGAUGGCUCUAAUACUCUGCAAUCAUCAUGUAAAGUUGCAUAACAAAUAUAAUUGAGGGGAGCUAAUACAAUAGGAUAGGAAAGAAACUCUAAAACAAGUUGAUGAGUUCUUGAAUACUAAGGUUGCAUCUUAAGAGCUUGUGGGUGAGAUUAAGAUGAGGAGGCCUUUCAACCGAAAUGUCGUUUCUGCCCUCAUCCCUCCUCUUCCUUCCCGCCAAAUUUCUGUGUCAUUUUUCCAAACCAAAGCCCAAAAUCACAUCCAAAACCUUCAGAACUCAACCAAUUUCGUUUCCGCUACUAUCUUACAUUCCAACUUUCUCAGGUUUGGCUUGCUUACUCACACUUUCACUGCCAACCAUCUCUUGAAUUGCUAUGUUAGGUUCCGCAGGAUCGACUAUGCACGCAACCUGUUCGACGAAAUGUCCGAACUAAAUGUUGUGUCUUGGACCUCGCUUAUCUCUGGAUAUGUCAAUGUGGGGCGACCUGAAAUUGCUCUCUUUAUGUUUGCAAAGAUGCACGAGUGUACGGUUACCCCGAAUGAGUUCACUUUCGCCACUGCAAUUAAGGCAUGUUCCUUCUUAUCCAACCUCAAAACCGGUCAAGAAAUACAUGCCCGUGUCCAAGUUUUAGGCUUUCGAUUUAACCUCGUUGUUUGUUCUUCGCUUGUUGAUAUGUACGGUAAGUGCAAUGAUGUUGACGGUGCUAGACAGAUUUUUGACUUGAUGGGUUGUGGAAAUGUCGUUUCUUGGACUUCAAUGAUCACUACUUAUGCCCAGAAUGCAAGAGGUGAUGAAGCUCUACAACUUUUUAGAGAAUUCAAUAAUUUGAUGUUGGGUCGUCCGAAUCAUUUCAUGUUGGCUAGUAUAGUCAGUGCUUGUUCAAGCUUGGGAAGAUUAGUUUCUGGGAAGGUUGCACAUGGUGCAAUAAUUCGCGGUGGCCAUGAUUCGAGCGAGGUGGUUGCAAGUGCACUUGUUGACAUGUAUGCCAAAUGUGGAAUUCUUGAUUAUUCUGAUAAGAUCUUUAGGAGAAUCACAAACGCUUCUGUAAUUCCCUACACUUCGAUGAUUGUUGGAGCUGCCAAGUUUGGACUCGGGAAAAUGUCCCUUGAGCUCUUUUCAGAGAUGAUUGAAAGAGGAAUAAAGCCCAAUGAUGUCACCUUUGUUGGAGUAUUGCACGCCUGCAGUCAUGCAGGACUAGUUGAUGAAGGCCUUCAACACCUGAAUUCUAUGUUUGACAAGCAUGGGAUAUUGCCUAGUCCAAAGCAUUAUACAUGUGUUGUUGAUAUGCUUGGUCGAACUGGUCAACUUGACAAAGCCUACCAACUAGCUAAAUCCAUCCAGUUAGACCAAAACUCAGGUGCUCUUGUGUGGGGCACGCUUCUUUCAGCUAGUCGACUUCAUGGAAGGGUAGACAUUGCAAUUGAAGCCAGUAAAAAACUUAUAGAGUCCAAUCAGCAAGUUGCAGGUGCAUAUGUUGCUUUGUCAAACACUUAUGUAUUGGCUGGUGAAUGGGACAAAGCUCAUAAUCUUAGGUCCAAAAUGAAACAAAAUCAGGUUCGAAAAGAACCCGGCUGCAGUUGGAUUGAGAUCAAGGAUUCAACAUAUGUGUUCUAUGCAGGAGAUAUAUCAUCUUGCCAACAGGGUACUGAGGUGGUGAAUUUGUUAAGGGAAUUGGAAAGUAGAAUGAAAGAAAGAGGGUACAUAGGAGGCAGUAUUGGGUUGGUGUUUGUUGAUGUGGAAGAGGAAGCCAAGGAGGAAAUAGUUGGUUUGCAUAGUGAGAGAUUGGCUUUGGGUUUUGCGUUGCUAAAUAUACCAAAAGGGGUCACCAUUAGAAUAAUGAAGAAUCUGAGAAUGUGUACGGAUUGCCAUGAGGCAUUCAAGCUUAUUAGUAAGAUUGUUGAGAGGGAUUUUGUUGUUAGAGAUGUUAAUAGAUUUCAUCAUUUUAAAAAUGGUCACUGCACUUGCAGUGAUUUCUGGUAAUACUGACGCGUCUUUUUCUUAAUGAAAAUUAGUUUAUCUAUGUAUUUUCUAAAUGGGAAAUGAAAUUUAAUCUUAUCA